AUGGUGUCUCAGCCCAAGAAGAGGAAAACAGUGCCUGAAACUGGGAAAAGAUGCAUUCUCUCACCUAAACAACUGGCCCAACAGCAUACAGAUGACAAGGACAUAACCCUGGAAAGGGUAAUUGGAAUGCAUCAGCCCCUGCCAGGCAAUACUCUAUUAGACACUUUGGACAAAUAG